AUGGAUGAACAAAGAACAUACUUCAAAGACCAUAAGAUGAUCGGAAGGUAUCCAAAACUGCCCGAAGCAGAAUUGUCCAACCCUGAAGAAACUAUUUUCAACGCCUUCAAAAGAACGCUGAGCAAUGCCAAGGAAAAUCUAAUACAUGCGGAGAACAGGAGGAUAGAAAAGACACUCCUCUACAUGGAACAAUGCAUAGCAGAAGAAAAUGAGCAAAACAAAAACUUACUCAACUUCAAAACAGUGUAUGAUCGGGAUGACAAAUUGAAAAGCUUACACAUGAACCUAGUGAAAAUGUCGUAUAUGUUAAAAAAUAUGCGAAUCAAUCAGCAGAAAUGGCUAGACAUUUAUAAGCAAAUUAGCAGCCUUCACCCCCUGGAUGGCGAUCUCUUGAGGGGGAAAGCAAACAAACAUGCCUGCAAAAUGGAACAAAAGGAUCGACAAUAUGACAGUUCAGUGUCUGAGAAACAUCCCCCCAGUAUAGCAGUACAUGAUAUAUUUUGCCGCGAAUACAACCUGCUAAACAUUAGCACGUGCUAUAUAUUUGUCUUUAAACUUUCGAUGGGGCAUCUGAUGAACUGCCUCUGGCUAUACACAACAAGCAACUAUUUGUUAAUACUAAACUGUUGCGCAGAAUUUUUCCAUUUUUUCUUCAAUCUGCACAGGAGAAAGGGGCUCCAAAAAUUGAACUUCCUCUAUCUGCACUCUGAUACCCACAAUUAUGGAGACAACAUUAAAACAUUGAAAUGUAAGAGCAACCAAGUGAUCCGAUGUGGAGAAAAUUCCACCAUCGCUUAUCACUACGAAGAGCUGUACAAUUUGAAAUAUCACCAAAUAGUUACUUACAAAAUAAAUCUGAUGACGCAAGUAUUGGAGAAUUUAAAUUAUGACCUAUUAGACGGUGUGCAACUGGGCCAGCUAGCUAAUUUUUUUUACUCAGUAACUAAAUGUGGAGUGAUAAGUGAAAAGGGCGUACAACGUUUUUUGAAUUAUUAUUUUGAAGUGGCAAAAAAGGGGGCAUCACCAAGUAAGUUGAUUCCAAACGAUAUUGUACUCUCUUCCCAACUCAUCAACACGAUGUACUAUUCUAAAAUUGUUCACUUCGAAUUGGUGUCCCAUUUGGUUAGCUCUUUCAGAAGGGCCGACCUCGACUUCCCCCACAUUUGCAAAAGAGGCCUAUUCGACAGCUUCCUCAAAUUGCUAACGUUGGUAGAACUGACUGACCAGAAUAUGUACUUAUAUACCUUUUGCAAGCAUUACAUUUUAAGUGGGGACACAGAAGAUACGAAACACAUUUCCGACGUUUGCAACUUCUUUUUCGUGUCGUCCAUUGUUGGCCUGUUUAACAUCCCCCUGAUGAAGUUUUACGUCAAUUUUUUAAAAAAAAAAAAGGAUAAGAUAAAAUUUAAAAAUUCCACAACGCAUAAAAUUUACUACACCUUGUUAGGAUGGGACAUAGUGCUGAAUCGAUUCAUAAAAAAUGUAGGUGAAGAAAGGACAGAGACGAUCGAUCUGGCCAUUCUAAAUUUUGAGAAGAAAUAUGUUCACUACUCCUUUUCAAGCAAAGUACUUUACGACUUUUCCCAUUUAUCCCACCAGAUAAGCUACCUAACCCUUUUUUUUAAAAAUAAAUUUAUGCUCAAAAAGGAGGGCCAAAAUUACUACUUUAACCAGAGUGUCAUAUUCCACAUGUUGAGGAAACACUACGGCAAUGCAAUCUAUGAAUACGUAACGAACGAAAAAAUCCCUCUGGAUGUAUACGUUAAGCUGUGCAAUAAUGGUCAGCAGAAAAAUGUCGCCAUCGAGUUUAAUGGUAGGACACACUACGUCUUGAUGCUCACCAAAGGGGGAGACGCCACAGACACUGUGCACUACACAAUGAAACAAAACUGCAAUACCAAGUAUAAAAUGUGGAUCCUCUCGAAUUUAAAUUUUUACACCAUUUCUGUUUCGUAUUACCACUGGAAUGGGUUGCACGAAUAUCAGAAGGAGCAACACUUGCUUCGCGCGAUGCAGCUCCUUUAA